CAGACUAUUGUUUUCGAUGUUCAACAGCGCUGGAGCUUGGAGGAGCUUGGAUAUCGUCAGAUUGUGCUGUUUCUUCAACUCCCUCUUUCUGCUAGCUCUUUCUCAAUCAACCAAGAAAGCAAUAAAAUUCUGAAAAUGGCUGAAAGUGAUUGGGAUCAAGUUACCUACCUCAGAAAGAAGGCUCCAACUGCCAAACAAGCCAGAUCAUCACAGGCUGUCAACAGCGCGAUGAGAAGAGGUGAUGCUGUGGAAACAAGGUUGAAAUUUAAUGCAGCACAGAAUAAGAAACGCUCAACUGACUGCAGUACGGCAAAGCUUGACCGAGAAACAGAGGAAUUGCACCAUGAGCGAGUGAAGCUGGAAGUUGGCAAGGUGAUCCAACGGGGCAGACAGCAGAAAGAGAUGACGCAGAAGGAGCUGGCCACGAAAAUCAAUGAGAAACCGCAGGUCAUUAACGACUAUGAGGCAGGUCGAGCCAUCCCCAACCAGGCCAUUCUGGCCAAGAUAGAGCGAGCAAUCGGAUUGAAGUUAAGAGGAAAGGAAAUUGGACAACCGCUUGGGAGUAAGAAGUAAUGGGACUUACUUCCAGAUGCGGACACCAGCCAACCCAUCAGAGAGGAGUCAUCAUCAUUAUCAUCAUCAACAUUGUUACUAUGGGAACCGUUUAAUCAUCUCAUUGUAGGCAUCGCACCAACACCACAAUCUUAAUAAGCAAUGUACAAAACUCAAAAUUACGGAAAGACUUCUUUCAGCAACCUAUUUUCUGUAUUUCGAGCCCAAAGGUUAGGGUUUUUGUUUUCUUGGAUGAGGGAGGAUCAUUUGGAGCUUUGUUCCAAUCCAAGCAGAGACUGUGACAAUAAAGUUGUUUCUGAAAAACCUGUUAUAAACUGACUCCUGUCGCAUAGAUUUUAAAGUUCCAGGCAACAAGAAGGCCCUGGAGAUUGCAUGAGAGACUUUUAAAGACUUACAACAAAACAGGAUAAAGUCGCUGUACAGCUGUUUCCAUUAACCCUAACAGUCCUCAAUCCUUCACCUGUUGGAGGACUGAGGACUGUUAGGGUUAAAGAAGCAGUGUUUUGAGCUUGCUGGUUGUCCUUCUGCUCAUGGUAUCCAACAAUUUGUCGCCUGUUCACUGCUGUUCACUUUCUUUACCCACGGACCAUGAUUCCAUUGAGAAACGACUUGGUCCUUUUGCCAGGUUUUCAAUCCCAGGUUUAGUUUGAGAUAUUGCAGUAGAGAUGCAAAAAAAUGACGUUGUUUCAUUUAUUUUGUCGAUCUUCUGUGCAUUAGAAUAUCUUUCAGUUCCCAUAAUGCUAUUCCUUUAAAGCGGGUGAGAUUUUGCAGCCUUUUAGCAAAAUGUAAUCUGAUCCCACAGAAUGAGUCUUAAGUUAACCCUAACUCCCUAGGGUGUGCACAAAAUCAUAUUAAAAUUGGAGGAUUCAGGGCUGUUGGGGUUAAUCCUCAAAAAACUUUACUGUACAAAUAAUGAAUGUUUAUUAGGGCAGCGAUGUGAAUAAUUUCAUGAGUUGAGAGAUGUAAUGUUUCUUUUCCAUUUUGUUGACCCCAGUGCAUUAGGGCAUUCAAUCUGUCUGUAAAUGAAAAUAUUAUUUCCAUCGCACAGAUAUGAAACAUUCAUUAUUUGUCAGCACAGGAAAGAGGGAGUGUCUUAUUAUUCAGAAUGGUUAGAAUGUUCUGUUUGGAGAGCCUUGUUUCCAUUCCAGAAUGGUUGGCCGGUCUACUGGGAGCACUUCAUUACCAUCCGAACACUACCUCGAAAUGGUCCAUACACAAAGUGGACUGUUCCUUUCAUGCGUAAAUGUUCCGAUGGAAUGCUAGUGUUCCAGUUGGAAUUGUCCAGUGGAAUGCAAACAUUCCCAACUUCAGAGACGCUCCUUAAAUCCUGUUGGUGGACAAGUCACUACUUUACUUAGUUCAACACAGGGUUUUCCUGUUCGAAACUGCAAACAAAAGUUUGUGUUGUGUGAAAGGCCGAGUCUGUGCCUUCCACAUGCAUGCGUAGUGCAACAUUCUCGGUCGAAAGAGUUGCAACUGUGUGUAUGCCCACUACGCUUGCAAUUCAACAAUACAUUCAACUGAGUUGAAUUUCAACAGUCACUGUUGAAUAUACCGAUGAAGUCACUGGCAUGUUAUCGAUGACCGACUGAUCCGAUAUUGGGAAUUACUCAGGUGUUGUAGUAAGUUUUUCAUUGAUUCAAGAGCAUAUAGUUGAAUAUGUAUGUCUAAAUCUCAUGGUUGAAAACACUAGAGUGUCCUGGAUUUCAGUUGUGCAAGAUGUUUCAGAAUCCGAAACCAGUAAGAUAGGUCUGACAACUUCAGGCUCAAUUUAGGUCUGUUUUGUGACAAACUGGUACGACAUGAACAAAAUGGCAACCUGCAUGGGACAGUUUAGUGUCUAUUAUGAAAUCAUAGUUAUGACAAAUAUUUGAAAAGAAAUGUAUGUAUAUUAACUUGCUGUUGAGUUCAUUUCAUAGACUGGAUGUGGCUUUCCAAACGGAUGUUAACAUCACAGUAUAUGUUAAUAUCCUUUAGUUCAAGGAUGUUUGGGGAAACAAGGAAAAUUUGUGAGAAGAAAUGGUGCUAAGUGUGCAAAUAAGGAUAUUAAGUGUGCAGAAAGUUUCCAAAGCCCAUAUGCAAUCUGUGGGUUUGUGUUACCGCAAUAUUGCCAUGGAGGUCAUGCAUUCUGGGCAAACAGAAACCUUGACCUUAGUCAACUUGGAUAAGAUUUUAGAAAAGACACCUUUAAAGCAUAUUUUGGACAUUAGAUUACCGAACUUUUAGUGUUGUAGGGGUUACUUGAAGCAGUCACUACAUACUUACAUCUAAGCCCCUCGGUAAUCUCUUCAACUUUUUCGAUUUUAAAACAAAGUAACGAUCUAUACAUUCAUAUUCACUCUUUGGCAUUUUUCUUUCUGUCACUGUAGAAUGUAAAAGUUAAGAUGCUCGAUGGGUGUGAUUUUUGUUCUAGCUUAACAUUACACAGCUUGCAGAAUGCAAAAGGUGAUAGGAAUUCAAAUGGAAUGACUGUAACAUGUGUAAGGCACUCAUAUGUUGUGUUUAUUCGAGUAUGUCUGUUAUACAAAUAGUGAAUGUUUAUGAAGUGUAAUCCGAUGAAGUGACAGAUGGAAUGUUCUUUUCCACUCAGCAAAUGUGAGUGGACUGAGACUUUCAGUGAAUUUCUUCAUUCAGUGUUUCCAUUGCAGAAACAUUUAUUUCUCUUAUACAGUGCCUGAAUAACUGACUUAUGUUUUCAAUUUCCCAUAUUCCUUUCCGAUCAAAAUUGUGAGAACAAUCAACAGAUGUUCCUGCGUUUCUUCAGACUGCCUGGUCAGGUAGCAUAUUUUAAUUUUUUGUUUUUGUUCUUUCUAUUACAAGCAUCAGCAUCACUUGGAAGUUCAGAAUUGUUUUUUUGUUUGUCAAAUAGAGGAAGCCUGUUUGGUUUUUAUCCAUACUGCUGCCAUGUUGUCUGUGUGAGGGGCCAGGACCCUGCCUACCAUUCAUGCAUGUAGCACAACAUCUUGUCAAACUCUGACUACCAAGGAGUCACUAUUUUACAAGAAGAAUAAUUCAGUGGCAGGGGAUCAACCACCCAGCAACCUGACCACAGGGAUUUAUUCAGGUGUUUUUUAAAGUUAUUCUGUCAUAUCUUGAAGAGAAUAAGAUCUCACCCCCAUCAUAAUAUGGCAGAUAGUUGAGCACCCAUGCAGUGACAGGGUAUAUUGUCUGUAAAGGGCAAAAUAUUGAAAUACAUCCAACGCUCUAGUAUUGCAUGGGUGAAUAAAAAGACAAAAACUGAAUAUGUCAGGAAUAUUCAUUGUUAUUGCUGGUAAAAAAAAAAUAAUUAUGCAAGCUGAGCUCUUAAGUGUUGUUUGUUGAUGUUAAUCAGACGUUAUAUGCAUUUGAGCAUAAUUGUUUGGUAAAUUGACAGUUGAAAGUUACUCUUAUACAUGACUACAGUUUAAUUUGGGGGGGGCUCGGGUUUGAUAUUGGAAUAUUCUUUGAAAUCCACUUUCAUUUUCAUGUUAUUACUGAUUGGGUUAGAUAUGUAUUUGCUUUCAAGUAGGCACUCCUUUGUUUUCUUGUUUGUCAACCCAUAGUCGGUGUAAUGGCUUAUUUCAAGGAAAAGUAGAAAAGUACAUGGGUGUUACGUGCUUCAAGCCAGUAGCACCAGUCUGUCUGGAUGGACUUUUUUUGGUAUUAAUUUUGUUAGUGUAAGAAUUUCCAACUUUUGCUGGUGGGAAAGUCAUCGCAUGAAAUGGGUAAACUUUGAAGUUAUAUGUCAUUACUUAUUACAAAAGGUUUUUAAGUAGUGAGUUUCAAAUUUUCAAUUUUUUCUGGAUCUACAGAAGUUACUUCUUGUUGGAUUACCCAAUAACUUUAGCUUAUGUAAAAAAGGCUCUUCCAAAUGUGACCUGCUCUGCAAAAAAGGGUAAGUCGUGUCAUACCAAAACACGUAAUGGCCUGUUCUAUUUGAAGAGGGCAAGAUUUCUUCAAAAAUGUGGUUUUGUGUUUUUUCCUUUAAUAGCUUUUAAUAUUUAUAUUUUCAGGAUUUGCGACUAGAAACAUUGAUACUGAUGAAUAAAGAUGAAAGAUCGAUCAUUCAGUAAGAAAUCCUAUAUAAUAUUGUGUUUCCAAGCGCUACAUUUUAUGAGCUUUUUUAUUGAAAACAAAAAUGUGGAUAUACAAAUGCCUAUAUAUCUCCGGAAUGGUGCGCACUACAGGGGGUCAUUCAUGUAUGAAAGUGUAGCUUGUGAUGUACAGAAUGCUGCCAUAUCAAAAACUCAUAACCUGAAUCUGGUGACUUAUUACCCAUUUUUCUAGAGCUGGUCACAAAUUCCUGAACUAUGCAGGCAAGUUGGGAAGACUUUUUUCAAGGGAAGGGAGAUAUACUCUUCCAAAACUACUUGGUAACUAUAAUUUGAGCAUCAUUAUCCUCAUUUUACCUUAGUGUGUGUCUAGUGAGACAAACACGUUCAAGGAACUUAACAAAUGUUUUGCAAUGGUUAAACUGUGCAUGUGGAUCUUCCUAUUUUAUUGUUUCGAAAAUUUUGUCAUGUGAGGUUUACUAGCUGAAGUUUCAUGAAAACAGUUGGCACCUAUUCAU